CUCUUGCGCACGUUACAACCACCUGUUUCACGCGAUUCUAACAUAAACACAAUAAAUAAGGCCUGUGAAAGUGACUAUAUUGCGAAGUGAAAAGUGAUAAACUUUUAAAUUUGAAAGUCAAGACAGCCGUCAACACGUCGGACUUAAACAUGGAUGAGGAAUGCGACGACGGUCUGUGGGCGGUGGGCGCGCGCUACCGGCCCGAGCCGCCCGCCACGCUCGCCUCCACCACGCGCUUCAGCCAGCACGAGAUCAAGCUCAUGUACCGCGGCUUCAAGCAGGAAUGUCCAACCGGCGUGGUGGAUGAAGAGGCUUUCAAAAAUAUAUUCUGUCAAUUCUUUCCCCUUGGCGAUGCCACGCAGUACGCUCACUAUGUUUUCAACACUAUUAAACACAAGCAACGGGGGAAACUUAAUUUUGAGGAAUUCCUCGACAUCCUUUCCCGCGUGGCGCGCGGCUCGCGACAAGAGAAACUGUCCUGGGUCUUCGCUCUGUACGACGUCGACGGUGAUGGUCGAAUCUCCCGCAGUGAGAUGGUGGCGGUGGUGCGCGCGGUAUACGAGCUGCUCGGCCGCGCCGCCGUGCCGCCUGUGCAGCGCGCUGCCGCAGAGUCGCAUGUCGAUCGAAUCUUCCACUUGAUGGACACAAACGCAGACGGCGUGGUCACACUGGACGAGUUGGCCCGCUGGUGCGCGCGCGACCCCGCUCUACUAAGCUCGCUCGACACGCUCGACACCGUGUUGUGAUCCGAGACCGAACCCUCCCCCUCCCACAACCCUCACC